AUCUUAAUUUAACUCAUUGAAAGAAAAAAAAUGGCAAAACCUGCAUGCUCCUAUUGUCUCCUCUUUGCCUUGCUAGUGAGUUUUGCCUCAGCAGCCAAAGAUGAUCAAGAUAAACAGGUAUAUAUAGUAUACAUGGGUGCACUUCCUGCUCGUGUUGACUACAUGCCAAUGUCCCAUCACACGAGUCUUCUUCAAGAGGUCAUCGGAGAGAGUUCCAUCGAGAAUCGAUUGGUUAGGAGUUAUAAAAGGAGUUUUAAUGGAUUUGCUGCUCGGCUAACAGAAUCAGAAAGAGAGAUACUAGCUAAUAUGGAAGAUGUUGUAUCGGUGUUUCCUAGCAAGAAACUGAAGCUCCAAACGACGAUGUCUUGGGAUUUCAUGGGUCUCAAGGAAGGUAAAAGGGCGAAACGAAACCCUAGCAUCGAGAGCAAUACGAUAAUCGGUGUCAUAGACAGUGGAAUCUACCCUGAAUCCGAAAGCUUCAGUGACAAAGGCUUUGGUCCUCCUCCGAAGAAAUGGAAAGGUGUUUGUGAAGGCGGCACAAACUUUUCUUGCAACAACAAGCUUAUUGGAGCAAGGUCCUACACACCCAAAACAAAUGAGUUUCCUCACUCAGCAAGAGACAACAUGGGACAUGGAACGCACACAGCUUCUACAGCAGCUGGAAACGCUGUGAAGGACGUGAGCUUUUACGGACUAGGAAAUGGAACCGCGAGAGGAGGCGUUCCAGCCGCAAGAAUAGCGGUUUACAAAGUAUGUGAGGCCGGAUUCGAAGGGUGCACUGGUGAUGGAAUUCUAUCGGCAUAUGAUGAUGCCAUAGCUGACAACGUGGACCUCAUCACCAUCUCCAUCGGUGGGGAUACCGGUCAGCCGUUUGAAGUUGAUCCGACCGCUAUCGGGGCUUUCCACGCCAUGGCCAAGGGUAUCCUUACUCUGAAUUCAGCUGGAAACAGUGGUCCAGAAAGUAGCACUGUAUCGAGCAUUGCUCCAUGGAUCUUUACCGUUGCUGCUAGUAAUACGAACCGCGGAUUCGUCACCAAAGUUGUUCUCGGAGACGGCAAGACAGUUGUCGGAAGAUCGGUGAAUUCCUUUGAUCUUAAAGGAACAAAGUACCCUCUAGUGUACGGAGAAUCAGCAACAAGAAGUUGUGAUGCUGAUUCCGCCAGGUUCUGCUCACCGGGAUGUCUAGACAGUAAACUUGUGAAGGGAAAGAUUGUGUUGUGUGACUCCGCUGAACAUCCCGAUGAAGCUCAAGCUAUGGGAGCCAUUGCAUCCAUUACUAAGAGCAGCAAAGCAGACUUCGCCACCAUCUUCUCUUUCUCAGUCUCUGUUCUGUCGGAAGACGACUACAACACUGUCCUCUCGUAUAUGAAUUCCACAAAAAACCCUAAAGCGGCUGUUCUGAAAAGUGGGACGACCUUUAAGCAGACAGCUCCCGUCAUUGCUUCUUACUCUUCCCGUGGUCCAAACACAAUCAUUCCUGAUAUUUUGAAGCCGGAUAUUACAGCGCCGGGUUCAGAGAUACUCGCUGCUUAUUCUCCUGAUGCUCCACCGAGCAAAUCAGACACUAGACAUGUAAAGUACUCUCUUUUGACCGGAACUUCAAUGUCUUGUCCACACGUUGCUGGUGUAGCCGCCUACCUAAAAACGUUUCACCCUCGCUGGUCUCCUUCCAUGAUCCAAUCUGCCAUCAUGACUACCGCUUGGCCAAUGAAUGCAUCUGCUUCUCCGAUCAACGAGAUGGACGAGUUUGCUUACGGAGCAGGUCAUGUUGAUCCGAUAAGCGCAAUUCAUCCUGGACUUGUCUAUGAAGCUAAUAAAUCCGAUCACAUCGCUUUUCUCUGCGGCUUGAACUACACCGGAAAGAACUUAAAACUCAUCUCCGGCGAUAGCGUCAGUUGCACUAAAGAACAGACUAAAUCAUUACCCCGAAACCUAAACUAUCCUUCCAUGACUGCUCAAGUCUCGGCCACAAAACCGUUCAAAGUUGCUUUCCGUAGAACAGUCACAAACGUCGGAAUGUCUAACUCUACUUACAAAGCAAAGGUAGUUGGAACUAAACUCAAAGCCAAGGUUGUGCCCGGUGUCUUGUCGUUUAAGUCCUUGCACGAGAAGAAGUCUUUCACGGUGACAGUUUCAGGCAAAGGUCCCGGAGCUGAAAAACUUGUGUCUACACAUCUUAUCUGGUCUGAUGGUUUCCACUCUGUGAGAAGUCCCAUCGUUGUUUACGCAUCAUACUGA